AUGGGGACCUUCCCAGCCUCAGCCACCACCCGGUUGCUUCCUGCUCUCGUCUUCUUCCCCGUGGCCGUGUUUCUUCUGGCCUUCUUCCUGGGCCACCAUGCAGUGCACCCAUGCGAGCAGCUACGCCUUUGGCUGGAUCGCGCGUGCAUCCACCAGACGGACCAGGCGUUAAAGAUUCGACAGAUUCACGCACUACCCGUGUUCGUCGCCCGGUCGUCAACCAUGCUGGUGCUGUGGGACGAUGAGUAUUUUCAGCGCCUCUGGUGCCAGUUGGAGCUGGCCACCUUCGCCAAGCACGGCGGGGUCGCGAAGGUGACCUUCCUGCCACUAUGGCUUGCGCCAUGGCUUCUCUCGGCGCUGGCCAUGAACCUCACGCUCGUCACGGUGAUCUACCUUCAGAUGGAGGUCCUCACUACGGAUAAGCUUGUUUCCUUCCUGAACGCGGUUGCACCGGCCCGCUUCUGGCAGACGCCAUUUGGCGUGUUCUCAGGUGCUGCGAUGGGCACAGCAGUUCUGGGGCUGUUGGUGGCGCUGGCCUGGUCCUCCCCCUUCAAGAUCAAGUUGAGGAGCCAUGCCCUGAUGCUGGAGCAGAUGGCGUCUUUCGACUGCCGGGGUGCUCAGUGCACGGAGGAGGAAGACCGCCGCCUGGUGCAGCGUCAGAUUCGGGAGCUUUUUCGUGCUGAAGUGACGGAACCUGAGGGGCCUGAGCAGAAGAAUGAGAUGAAAGCAGGCCACCAGCCAACCGCAUCCACUGCGGCAGACGAGGAUGCAUUCUCCUAUUUGCCCGGCGAGCCAGUUUGCAUGCUGAUGGACGAAAGACCCCUAGAUGCUUUCAACGUCUACGUUCAGGAGUCCUUGCGUUCCAGCGUUUUGGACGCUGUCGGGGGUGAGCUUCACGUGCCCUACCGCACAUGCCUUGCAGCUGCUAUGCCCUUGAACUUUUAUUCCUUAGUGGACAUUCUCAAUGUCGCCAACCCUGAGUCCCUUGCAUCGUACGGAGCCGAAUCGUAUGCAGACUUUCUGUGGGCCAGCGCGAUCGGCUGGAUGACAAACAUACUGCUGGUCUUCCCAAUCGUCUACCCCAUCUAUCUCCGCAUGCUCAAAGGCACAUUGUCCAUCCAGUCCACAUGCUUGAAGGGUGUUCUGACUGUCGUCAGCGGUGCCGCGGCACACGCAUACCUUGCUGUCUGUCUCAGCAGCACCUUUUUUUUUCUCCUCUACCAAGCUCGCUCCUCCUUCCUCCUCGUUGUGCUGGCGCUUCUCCUGCAGCUGCGAUACUUCUUUGGUGGCGGCGGCGGCAUUUCAGGUCCCUCUGUUCCGUGUGACUGCCAACCAAACAAAAGACAUUCCAGCCAUCCCACAUACCGACCCUUGUGCGCAGAGAACGCUUGA